AAGAAGUUCACUUAAACAUUUCCCCGUGUGCUGGAAAGAGCAAAAGAAGAGUAGAAGUGAAUUGAAGCUUCUUUCCAUGAUGAAAAGCCUCCUCAUAUUUACCCUCUCCCUAAUAUCAGGUCCAGUGGCCUGUGUUAUGACUGGCUACACAGGAGGAAGCGUCCUUAUAAUAUGUGAUCUAAUAUGGGGUUCAGGAUUUAGUACAUAUAUUUGUAAGCUGGGAUACAUAUCAUGCACAGAUAUAAUACGUACUAACACCACAGAGAACUCUGUUCAAGAGGGAAGAUUCAAGCUGUAUGAAAACAGUAAUGGAUUUUUGAGAGUGUUAAUCAGGAGGCUGAAGCCACAGGAUGCUGGAGUGUACAGAAUAGGAGUAGAGGAUCAGACGCCCAUUGAUGUGAAACUGACUGUUCUUAAUGAUUCUUGUUGUGAUGGACCAAAAACAGUGAAUGUUUUUCCUGGACAGAAUAUCAGCAUCAUCUCUAACUAUCCUGUGGUUUACAACAGAGACUACAAGUUUAUCAUGAAACUUGAAAAUGGCAGUGUUUCUAAUGCCUUUCUAGAUACUUUUAAUGUACCCCAGAACAACAGGUUCUCCAUUUCUGAUGACAGCAUUGCUAAAGUUCUCAGUAUGAACAUCAGUCAUGUGACAGAAGCCGAUGAUGGAGUUUAUUUAUAUGGAAUCUUCAACAGAAAGAACUCAAUCCAGUAUUAUUCCUUCUUCAGAGAGAUUCAUCUGCAUGUUAAAGAGCAAAAGAAGAGUAGAAGUGAAGUGAAGCUUUAUUCCAUGAUGAAGAUCCUCCUCAUCUUCACCCUCUCUCUAAUAUCAGGUCCAGUGGGCUGUGUUAUGACUGGCUACACAGGAGAAAGCAUCGUUAUAAUAUCUGAUCUAAAAUGGGGUUCAGGAUUUAGUACAUAUAUUUGUAAGAAAGGAAGCAUAUCAUGCACAGAUAUAAUACAUACUGACACCACAGAAAAUUCUGUUCAAGAGGGAAGAUUCAAGCUGUAUAAAAACAAUAAUAGAUUUUUGAUAGUGUUAAUCAGGAGGCUGAAGCCACAGGAUACUGGAGUGUACAGAAUAGGAGUAGAGGAUCAGACGCCCACUGAUUUGGAACUGACUGUUCUUAAUGAUUCUUGUUGUGAUGGACCAAAAACAGUGAAUGUUUUUCCUGGACAGAAUAUCAGCAUCAUCUCUAACUAUCCUGUGAUUUACAACCAAGACAUCAAGUUUAUCAUGAAACUUGAAAAUGGCAGUGUUUUUUAUGCCAUUCUAGAUACUCUUGAAAAAUCCCAGAACAACAGAUUCUCUAUUUUUGAUGACAGCAUUGCUAAAGUUCUCGGUAUGAACAUCAGUAAUGUGACAGAAGCCGAUGAUGGAGUUUAUUUAUAUGGAAUCUUCAACAGAAAGAACUCAAUCCAGUAUUAUUCCUUCUUCAGAGAGAUUCAUCUGCAUGUUAAAGAAUCCUCUGUUAACACCACAAUCAUCAUCAUCAUCAUCAUCAUCAGUGUGUGUGUGCUGUUGAUUGGAGGAUUUACACUGUUGCUGAUCUACAAGCUGAGACACAAGGGGACACAAGGUUCAAGACCUUCAUCCCAAGACAAUGAACAUGCUCCUUCUGUUCAUGAGAACAACCUGCCUAAUUUACCCACAUAUGAAAACUUGAAAAUAAAAAUAAGAUCGAAUGAGCAGAAUCUGGGUUCAUCUACAAACCAGUCUGAUUCAACGUACCAAACACUGGACCCACUGACCAACCAAUCAGAUUCAAGCUACAUGUCUCUGAGUAACACCGCCGACCAAUCACAUUCACAUUACCAAUGUCUGAAUGCUAGAACUCAAAUGAACUCAGUUUACCAGACCCUUCAUUCUUAAUGCUAUCAUUUUUUAUUCUUUUCAUUAUGAUGUAAAGUUAUUAAUUAAAACAUAAUUGUUGCAUAAAUUUCUUUUGUAUUAGUUUCAGCAUGUUGCUAUCGGAAAAUACUCACCUCAGGGUGUUAAUAUUUACGCCUAAUAACUGAUUAUUUACCAAUAACAGCACACUUUACUGUGUUUUAUUUUAUACUUACCACAUUGCUUUUUCUUUUUCUGUGUUAUUAUGUUAACUGUGUAACCUUUAAAAAGUUAUUUAAUGUGAAAACAAAUGCUGUAAAUAUCAUCUAUAUGUGAAUGAAAUGUUGGUGACGUGGUGAAAUGGUUUAACUGACCAUUGUGAGUUGGUGAAGAUUGUAUCAUAACACCUGAGUGAAAGUUUUUAUUGUGUACAUGUCAGUAUUAUAAGUGUAUUUGCAUAUGAAGUGAAAUUUGACUGCAAAUUCAAAUA